AUGUUUGAUCCUUCUUAUAAAAUCUGUUCCUCAUUACGCCUGCUUUCAGGAGCUACGUUCCCCAAAACGGGUCAAACCGUAACCUGUCACUAUGUCCUCACCCUACAAAAUGGGAAGAAGGUAGACAGCUCACGUGAUCGUGGGUCUCCAUUCAAGUUCAAGAUCGGAAAGGGCGAAGUUAUCAAGGGAUGGGAUCAAGGCGUAGCUCAGAUGUCUGUUGGACAGCGGGCCAAGCUAACAAUCUCGCCCGAUCUUGGCUACGGCUCGGGUGGAGUUCCUGGAGCGAUUCCACCUAAUUCCACCCUCAUCUUUGAUGUGGAAUUAAUUAGCGCGAACUGA